UCUCACGAGAGAGCACAGUGCAGACUAAUUCGAUAUAACAGUGAAAUACGAAAAAACUGACAAAUUGUUUUUCAAGCAAGCUUUGCACUAAUUUGUGCAGUUUUAUCGAAUAUUUUACUGCAUUGUUGAAAUUAAUUGUUAUUUGCUGCAAAGCAGCUUAGUGUUAAGUGCACUAGUGAGAAAAGUGCUUGUGUUUGUUAAAUGUUUAAUAAGCUGUCGUAAAAAUGAAUCCUGCAAACAAUAAUAAUUAUAUUCAGGAGUCAGGUGCUAACGGGCAUUAUUCGAAUAUGUAUAAUUAUUGUCAAGGGGGUUCUUACAACAACAAUAACAUUAUGUACACUGCCAACAACAACAACAACAACAACAACAACAACAACAACAGUGUUAUUAUGAAUACCAAUAACAGCAAUCUUAUGCACAACAUUAUCAACAACAACAACAACGGGCCAUACUCGAACCCCGGGCAAUAUACGUGGCAACCAUUUGGAUAUCAACCGAUACCAACACCUGCAUACGUAACGGAGCCUAAAACUUACACUAACUUGGACUGUAAACCAGUGCAGCAACUCGAAGUAGCUUACCCUGCACCAAUACAACCGAAUGUCUUGCCAAUUCUCAAUCCUCAGUCCCAGGCAAGCAAUAUGGAGGCUGUCGUCCCCGUUCCGAUACCUUCGUAUCAACAACUAGGUUGGGCAGACUGUCCACCACAGCCGUCGUUGACGUUCCAAGCAGCGACGAUAAAGCCAGAGCCUCAACUCGUGGAAACAACGUAUCAGCCACUGACACCGCCCGACAGCGUCUCGCCUGACUGCUCGUCGAGUCCCGACGAAAAUUUCUGCUAUCCUGCAUUGAAAAAAACAUGCAGAUGCACUUGUACAAAUUGCAAAAGUUCAAAUCCCGCACUUGGCCCGGACGGGAAGAAAAUUCACGUUUGUCAUGUGACCGGUUGCACAAAGCAGUACGGAAAGACAUCUCACUUGAAGGCUCAUCUGAGGCAUCACUUCGGUGAAAAACCCUACAAAUGCACCUGGUUUAUGUGCGGCAAAGGUUUCACAAGAUCCGACGAGCUGCAGCGACACAUGAGGACACACACGGGCGAAAAGAAUUUCAAAUGCGUACAGUGUUGCAAAGCAUUCAGUCGGAGUGAUCAUUUGAAGAAACAUGCGCAAACUCAUUACAAGCAACAGAUUCGUAAGAAGCUAAAAAGCGAAAAACUAGCGGAAAAAGCGAGGGCAAAAGCCUUGAAAACUGAAAAGUUGACAGAGAGAAAUGACUUUAACCAGCAAGUUACGCAUGCACAAUAUAAUUGGCACGGGCGUCGCUUUUAAUAAUGUAUAAAUUAAUUUUAGCAGAAACGAGUACUUGAUAGGGUAGGAAAGAAUUUCUACCGAUACUUUAAUUAAGUUUAAAAAGUAAGUUCAGAGUUUUACUCCUUACUUAAUUAACCAAAAAUAAUUUUUAAAUAAUCAUAUGUAAUAUGUGUCAGAAAAAAUUGUUAUCGUGCCUUACAUAUUAUAUAC